AUUCCCGUUCUCUCCAAAUCGUUACGCCAGAUCCUCCAGCUUCCCCGGAACUUGACUCCUCCACCAACCUGCAUCAGCUUCAGCUUCAGAGACUUCGGUCCAAGAACAAUCACCCAAUACACCAGCAACCCAAACCGCACAUCAACGAUCGCUAUAUCGGCUCUCGACUCUGGACUCUUAUCCACUGACAUCGCCAAUCUUGAUAACCUCUAUCACGUUGAGCGUUGGGUCCUCCACCAGUCGACUCACAUGCAACGAGCACUGGAUUUCUCCAACCUACUGAAUCCCACAGCGUCGGCUGAUACGGAACCCGAGAAACCCCAACAGGGCGACGUCGAGAUGGCAACCGCAGCAGUCACUGUUAUCAAACCCAACGGGCCCCUCCCGGGUGCCCAGGCCUCAGAGAGCUCCAACGAGCUGCCUCGACCUUACAAGUGCCCUCUCUGCGACAAGGCCUUCCACCGUCUCGAGCAUCAGACUCGACACAUCCGCACUCACACUGGCGAGAAGCCUCAUGCCUGCCAGUUCCCCGGCUGCAGCAAGAAGUUCUCUCGCUCUGAUGAGCUCACCCGCCACUCCCGUAUUCACAACAACCCCAACUCGAGGAGAGGCAACAAGGCUGCUCAGCAGCACCAGCAACAGCAGCAGCAUCAGAUGCACCAGCAGCAGGGCCUCCCGCCUCACAUGCUUCCCGAUGGAAUGAUGGCGCCGCCUCCCGCUCCCAAGACCAUCCGCUCUGCUCCCACAUCCACUCUGGCCUCCCCCAAUGUCUCUCCUCCCCACUCUUACUCGACAUUUGCUCUUCCCGUCUCGGCUGUUCACUACAACCGAAGUGGUGACAUUUCCAUGCUGGCCAAGGCCGCUACUCAGGUUGAGCGUGAGACCCUCACUGCUCCUCCUCACCACAACUCGCGUCACCAUCCCUACUAUAGCCACGGAAUGCACAGCUCCCGAGGCCACCUCCCGACGCUCUCCUCUUAUCACAUGUCGCGCUCUCACUCCAACGAUGAGCCCAACGACGACCACUACUCUGGCGCUAUGCGACACUCCAAGAGGUCGCGGCCCAACUCCCCCAACUCGACGGCUCCCUCUUCGCCAACCUUCUCCCACGACUCUCUGUCUCCUACUCCCGACCACACUCCCAUCGCCACUCCCGCUCACUCUCCUCGCCUGCGACCUUUCUCCGGCUAUGAGCUCCCCAGCCUCCGGAACCUGUCUCUCCAGCACAACACGACCCCUGCCCUAGCCCCCAUGGAGCCUCAUCUCGAGAACCACCACCUUCAGGGACCUCCUCCCGCUUCUGCUCCCCGCGCCACUGGAAUGUCCCUGACGGACAUCAUCAGCCGGCCAGACGGAUCUCAGCGAAAGCUCCCCGUUCCCCAGGUCCCCAAGGUAGCAGUCCAGGACCUGCUCUCAGAUAACGGAUUCAGCCACAGCGGCAGGAGCUCCGGCGCCAACAGUCUGGCAGGAGGCGAUCUCAUGGAUCGGAUGUAG